CAGACCACAACACUAGAGCUGGCAUGUGAACAACUCGGAGAAGCCACAAUGGACAACGUCGCCAAUCUGUCCAUCGCGUACUUUCUGUCGGCGCUGCUCUUCGUGCAGAUGCGAUGCACUCUGUCCGUCCUGCUCAUCCUGCUGCGCGAGGGCAGGCGCCACCGCCGGAUGCUCAUGGAGUGCAGCUCCGCCGCCACCGCGGUGAUGCUCCACUUCGCGCCCAGGACGUCCCGUUACCGCGAGUGCUGGAUGCGCGUGAGGAGCAAAGACUGGUGGGAGCGGGUGGUCCUGAAAGAGUUCACCGACGCCGAGUGGAGGGAGCAUUUCCGGAUGAGCCGCAGGUCCUUUGAUAAGCUGUGCGGCUUGAUGGAGCAGACUUUGAGCCCCCAGGACGUGACCGUGCGCGCGCCGAUCCCCCUGCAGAUGAGGGUCGCUAUUGCUCUGUUCAAACUGUCCAACUGUGCCGAGUACAGAGUCAUCGCCAAUCAGUUUGGCGUUCACAAAUCCACCGUGAAGAAGUUUGUGUACAGCUUCUGUAAGGGCAUGGUGUCGUCUGUGAUACACAGCCUCAUCCAGGCGCCCGCGGCGGAGGAGGCGCGCGCGAUUGCGCGCAGAUUUGAGCAGAAGUUCAGCAUCCCGCAAAUCGUAGGAUGCAUCGACAGUACUCACAUUCCCGUCCUGCCACCGAGGGACGGCUACAAAGACUUCAUGAACCGCAACGGAUGGCCCUCCUACGUCCUCCAGGCCGUGGUGGACGACACGUACCGGUUUUGGAACAUCAACUGCAAGAUGCCAGGAUGUGCUCAUGAUGCCAGCGUGCUCCGACAGUCCGUGUUAUUUGACCAGGCACAGCUUUUACCGAAGGAACCAAGAGAACUCAGUGGCGUCUCUGUCAACCUCUUCAUACUUGGAAACCAAGCUUACCCACUCUUGGACUGGCUGAUGAAAAGCUACGCAGAUUCUCCACAUGUGACCCCGCAGCAGGAAUCGUUUAAUGACUGUCUGAGGUCUGCCAGGACAACGAUGGAGAUUGCUUUCAGCAGACUGAAGUCACGGUGGAAAGUGUUGAUCAAGAAAAGCGAUUUCCACUACACAUUCACACCCAGUGUGAUCGCGACCUGUUGUGCGUUGCACAACUUCUGUGAAAACGAGAAGGAGAUGGUCAGUCCCUCUUGGACAGAGGAAGCAGCGGCUCUGGAGCACGGCCUCCCGCAGCCGGGCGUGCGCUCUUACAGUGGGUCGGACUCUUCAGAUGGCCAGAAAAUCAGGCUUGCUCUAACUGACUAUUUGCAAGCGAACGCUCCCCUGCGCAAGUCCGUGUUUUAGAUCAGCUCCGAACAAACUGGGGCCAGGAGCUACAUUUUGACUUUCUGUAAA